UUGGAACUCCCAAUCAAUCAACACUGUUUGGGAAAGAUUAUAUCAGGGCAAAGUCUUUCACUAGGAAAAGCGUGACUUCUGCUGUUGAGGUUUCCAGAUUUGGUGACAUAACAAUGGCUCCUCCUGACCCCAUUCUUGGAGUUUCUGAAGCAUUCAGAGCAGAUACGCAUGAAAUGAAGCUUAACCUUGGGGUGGGUGCCUAUCGUACUGAAGAUCUUCAGCCCUAUGUGCUCAAUGUUGUGAAGAAAGCAGAAAAUCUUAUGCUGGAACGUGGCGAAAACAAAGAGUAUCUACCAAUUGAAGGUUUGGCUGCAUUUAACAAGGUUACAGCAGAGUUAUUACUUGGAGCGCAAAAUGAUGUAAUUCAGCAACAAAGAGUUGCCACUGUCCAGGGUCUUUCAGGAACUGGGUCUCUGCGGCUUGCUGCAGCACUCAUAGAGAGAUAUUUUUCUGGUUCGAAAGUUCUAAUAUCAUCUCCAACCUGGGGCAAUCACAAGAAUAUCUUCAAUGAUGCCCGUGUUCCAUGGUCUGAGUACCGCUAUUAUGAUCCCAGAACUGUUGGUUUGGAUUUUCAUGGCAUGAUAUCUGACAUAAAGGCAGCUCCAGAAGGAUCUUUUGUGUUGCUUCAUGGCUGUGCGCACAAUCCAACUGGCAUUGAUCCAACUCCAGAACAGUGGGAAAGCAUUGCUGAUGUCAUUCAGGAAAAGAACCAUAUUCCAUUCUUUGAUGUUGCCUACCAGGGUUUUGCAAGUGGAAGCCUCGACACAGAUGCAUCAUCCGUGAGAUUGUUUGCUGCACGUGGCAUGGAGUUUCUGGUUGCUCAGUCUUACAGUAAAAAUUUGGGUCUCUAUGCAGAAAGAAUUGGAGCAAUUAAUGUUGUCUGUUCGUCAUCUGACAUUGCCAAAAGGGUGAAAAGCCAAUUGAAAAGGCUUGCACGGCCAAUGUACUCAAAUCCUCCCAUACAUGGAGCUAGGAUUGUUGCCAAUGUCGUGGGAAAUCCGGAACUCUUCAAUGAUUGGAAAGAGGAGAUGGAAUUAAUGGCUGGAAGGAUAAAAAGUGUCAGAAAGAAACUAUACGAUAGUCUGAGCGCAAAGGAUAACAGUGGGAAGGACUGGUCUUUUGUUCUCAAACAGAUUGGCAUGUUCUCGUUUACAGGCUUGAAUGACGCCCAGAGUGAGAACAUGACCAACAAGUGGCACGUUUACAUGACCAAGGAUGGAAGAAUAUCCUUGGCUGGAUUAUCAUCAGCCAAAUGUGAAUAUCUCGCUGAUGCUAUUAUUGAUUCAUACUAUAAUAUUAGCUAGAAAAGAUGUUCACUAUUGAACGAUUUGACCCUGAAAGUUUUGGUUAGGCACUGGAAUUUUCGUUCGAGAAAUAUCUGAUAAUGUUUUCGUGUUGCAUCAUCAACUUGUUUGUUAUCGAAUAAAUACUGCUUUGGUAUUAGCCUUUGGACGAAGAAAUUCGGAAUAGGAAAGUGCAAUUGUUUUGUCGUUGAUCUUGUCA